AUGGUUUCCAAAUCUCCAAUGGGAGUCAAGGUGAUAGUCGUAGGAGCUGGAUUUGCCGGCCUCACCGCUGCGAUCGAAUGUCACCUGAAAGGCCAUACAGUGACUCUCCUGGAGUCGUUCCCCGUCCUGAAGCCGCUCGGUGAUAUCAUCUCCUUCGCUCCGAAUGCAGGACGCAUCAUCGCGAGAUGGCCGCCCGCGCCUACCCCGAGCGCCCCUACCGUCGCGCAGCAGUACGCUCCUAUCUGUCUGCGCAACGACGAGUUCGUGUUCCGGAGGUGGGACGGUGAGCUCCUGACCACGCAGCCGGUGCACGAGCGCAAGGAGGACGCGCCGGAGUUCAGCGGACACAGGGGCGUUAUGCACCAGAUACUCUUUGAAUACGCCGAGUCCCUGGGUGUGGAGAUCCUGCUGGGCCGGAGGGUGGUGGAGUACGUGGAGGAGAAGGACCGCGCAGGCGUCAGGUACAUCUUACGGAACGAUAGGGAAGACAGCGGAACGACGGAGCCAGAAGUGAUGUGGGCAGACGUCGUAGUGGGCUCUGACGGCGUGCGGAGCAAAGCGCGCGAGCUCGUGCUGGGGUACGUCGACAACCCUAAGCCCUCCGGCUACGCGAUCUACCGCGCGUGGAUGGACGCUGCGCCCCUUGCCGCCGAUCCGCUAACCGCGCCCCUCGUCGCGGGCAGCGACUACCACGUCGGCUGGUUCGGGCCGGACGUGCACUUCGUCUUCGCGUACAUCAAGAACACGCGCUCCGUCUCGUGGGUCUGCACGCACAAGGACGACGCGGACAUCGACGAGUCGUGGUCGUUCCCGGGGCACAUCGAAGAUGUGUUGAAAGUCCUGGAGGGCUGGGAUAAGGUCGCACGAAGGAUAGUGCAGCUCACCGACACCUGCGUAGACUGGAAGCUCGUUUACCGGGACCCGUUGGAGAGAUGGGUAUCGAAGGGAGGACGGAUAUGUCUCCUGGGCGACUCGGCGCACCCGUUCCUGCCGACGUCAAUCCAGGGCGCUUCGCAGGCGAUGGAGGAUGGCGUGGUGCUCGCGACGUGUUUAUUGUUCGCCGCGCAGAGGGUAAAUCCUCUCCCGGACACGGUGCGUGUGUAUGAGAGACUGAGGUAUGAGAGGGUGCGGAGGGCGCAGCUGCUCGGCGAGAGUAAUCGGGAUAAGUGGCACCAGGCGGAUUUUGACAAGGCGAAGGAGGAUCCGGAGGUGAUGAAGCUCGGGAGGGAUCCCUGGCUUUUUGCAUUUGAUUGCGAGAAGGACGCUUGCGAGCGCUAUGAGAGUGUGAUGAAGCAGAUCUCGGGGAGCUCAUAG